AUGGUUUGGACGGGUCGGACCGCGGUGAGCGUAACGCGGUUCACAGGGACGCUAGCAGGUGUCCACGGGUGGCACCUGGUGAGCGGCCCCCCUGGUGCACAUGGUGCACCGGCACAGGUAGGGACAGCCGCCGUCGGCGCUAACCAGGUUCGUAAGAAGAAGCUCGCGAGCUCCACAAGCAAAGGAGAUGAAUACGAGACCGAAUUGUUGGAGCAAUUCGUCGAUACCGACGCGACAAAAGAGUUCUUCACGAGGCUCGACCUUCAACUCAACAAGGUGAACCAAUUCUACAAAGCAAAGGAGAAGGAAUUCUUAGAGAGAGGGGAGUCACUAAAGAAGCAAAUGGACAUACUCCUCGAGCUUGAAUCCAUGAUUAAAUCGCAAAAUGUAAAGGGUCCAGUGAUCAAUAAUGAAUCAAAUGAGGCUCCUUCUAUGUGUUCCUCAAUCACAAAUGAAGAGGAAUCCACCAAGAUUACUAUAGAAUUCGAAAGAACCGAAGACAACUUCUCCGACUCACAAAGGCUCGAUGAUUCGUCAAAUUUCAUGAAAGUGAGAACAGAAGAAGCAAAGCUAAGAAGUCUCUCAAAUAGAGUGAUAAAUUGCGGUGCGAAAAAUUUAACAAUCAAUAUACCAUUCACUACUCCUUCGAGGACUAUAUCCGCGAUAAGUGACUUGAUGUGGAAGGACAUAUUUAGCUCGUCGAAGAAAUGCGACGCCAACGGCGUAAAUAAGCUUAGGAUUAACAAGACUAAGCUUCACCAUGCAGAGAAAAUGAUCAAAGGAGGCUUCAUUGAGUUGUACAAAGGGUUGGGGUACCUUCAAAACUAUCGGAACCUGAACAUGCUAGCUUUUGUAAAGAUCUUAAAGAAAUUUGACAAGGUGACAGGGAAACAAAUCCUUCCUGAUUAUCUCAAAGUAGUAGAGAGCUCCUAUUUCAAUAGCUCAGAAAAGGCGAUUAAGCUAAUGGACGAGGUCGAAGAGAUCUUCGUCAAGCAUUUCGCGAAGGGCGACGAACGAAAGGCGAUGAAGUACCUCAAGCCCCAACAUCGCGACGAAUCGCACUCAAAAACAUUCUUCAUUGGGUUAUUCACUGGAUGCUUCAUCGCGUUAUUCAUCGGUUAUUGCACAAUGUAUCGAUGUUCCGAUAACCCUAUCUACAUGGAAAUUGAUUAUCAUGUACUUAGGUGCUUAAACAAAGUUUAAUCGAUUUUAAUUUUCUCGAUCGCCUUUUGUGAAAUUUUGAUCGUAAUUUGGGGGACCAAAAUGUAACCUAAUCUUGUUAUGUGAAUACUACUAAAUGAAGCAUGUUUAGCCUCUUGUUUCUA